UGUGACAUCGGUGGUGUAGGUGUCAUGGAGGACAGGUAGUUUGGAUUCGAAUCAGGGUGUCUGUAUUGACCCCUCUAGCACUGAGAUGCAGUGCUUUAGACCGCUGCGCCACUCGGGCUCAAAAAACAAAAGCACAGAUGGACUCUUCACUUUUUCUUCAUUCACCACACGAUUCAUCCGAAGUGCAUCAAUCACUACUUCGCGGUCUUGUUUUAGUGGACAGAUUUUGGGCAGAGUGAACCCUCUCGCUUCGCGUCUUCCUCUCUGUCGCGAAUCAGCUGAUCAGGAACUCACCAAACUGUAGUAAACGUGACAGUACGAUGGGAAUUGGCUUUAUCAAAUCGAGUUUUGCCAUGUUUGUGAUGUUAAGAACAUCACGAACACACCCUGUAUUCUUCGCGUUUUGUAAUUCUGUCCUGCUCGAAGUCGACAACUAAUAGAUUCGUGGACAAAGGAAAACGGUGUCGAGCAUUGAGGUGCAGACCAGUGCAGGAAUGGAUCCUCUGGGAGCACGCUCUCAGUUUGUGGAGGUCCAGACUCUGUCCACCUGGGAGUGGCAGCCGGACCCUGAGGGAGAGAAGGAGUACAACGUCAGCCAGCAGGCCUUCCUAUCCCCCUUCCCCUACAGAGAGGACAUCAACAGGAAAAUAGUGCUCUAUAAUGGCGAUGUUGCCCUGCUGAACUGCACAGCGAUUGUCAACACGAGUAAUGAGACUCUGACGGACAAGAACCCUAUCUCAGAGAGCAUCCACACUUACGCUGGGCCUGAACUUCGAGACGAGAUGCUAAAACUGAAAGGAUGUCGGACAGGCGAGGCAAAGAUGACCAAAGGCUUUAACCUGGCGGCGCGCUUUAUCAUCCACACGGUGGGCCCCAAGUACAAAACCAAGUACAGGACGGCUGCUGAGAACUCUCUGUACAACUGCUAUAGGAACGUCAUGCAGCUCGCCAAAGAGCAGGCUAUGGCGUCUGUGGCCGUCUGUGUGGUCAGCACAACUAAGAGAGGAUACCCACUGGAGGACGCCACACACAUUGCCCUCAGAACGGUCCGCAGGUUUCUGGAGAAAUAUGGAGAGAGCAUAGAGACAGUGGUGUUCGCCGUGACAGACAUGGAUGAGCCCACAUACAGGAAACUGCUGCUUCUCUACUACCCUCGUUCUGAGGAAGAGGAGCGUGCCAGCCUGCCCCUAAUCCCGGCUGACAUCGGGAACUCAGAAGGCGAGCCUGUAGUCCCAGAGAGACAGAUCCGCAUCGCCGAGAAACCAGGCUGUCUGGAAGUUGACUCUGAGGCGGAGACUCUAGACUCAGACCUGGGCCAGGUGGGGACUCAUGCUUUUUCCCGGAUGGAGGGAGACGUGGACAAACAGCGCAAACUAAUCCUGCAGGGCCAGCUGUCUGAUGCAACCAUGCAGAAACAGCACCAGAGAAAUUAUAACCGCUGGUUAUGUCGAGCCAGAGCAGAGGACUUGUCUGACAUAGCAGCACUGAAAGCCUUAUAUCAAACUGGUGUUGACAUGUGUGGCAGGACAGUGAUGGUUCUUGUGGGCAGAAAUAUUCCUGUCACCCUAAUCGACAUGGAAAAGGCCCUGCUGUACUUCAUCCAUGUCAUGGACCACAUCACAGUGAAGGAGUAUGUGAUGGUUUACUUUCACACUCUGACCGGAGAACACAACCAUCUGGACUCUGAAUUCCUUAAGAAGCUUCAUGAGAUUGUAGACACCAAGUUUAAGAAUAACUUGAGUGCUUUCUACUUUGUACACCCCUCUUUUCGCUCCAAGGUGUCCACCUGGUUCUUCACUACGUUCAGUGUGUCAGGGAUGAAGCAGAAGGUCCAUCAUGUAGAGACCCUCCAGCAGCUGUUCACCUGUAUCCUGCCUGAACAGAUAGACAUCCCUCCCUUUGUCCUGGAGUACGAUGCACGGCAGUGUGAUGCAAUCAGAUGACAGACGGAUAGAAGGAUGGAUCUCUCUGUGACGGAGCCUGUGUGAACUCACCAACCUAUCCCAGGACACUCCGCUGGCCUAUCUUAAAAACCUGCCCUCCUGUGUGUGUGAGAGUGACAUCACUCAUGUUAUGUUUCAAAUUUUUUAUUUUUGCAAAACUUCACCGAAUGGUAGGUUUUGGAGGUUGUAUAUGUUCACAAGCAGUUAAAAUGUGAAUCUGUUUUUAGGUAAACGUACUGUAGUGUUUAAUGUGUUAAUGGCAGCUGUGUGUGUGUGUGCGUGCGUGUGCGUGUGUCACUUGAAACAAUGAAACCAUAAACACAGUUCUACUGCUUCUGUCAAAGAACAUUCAUUAAAUGCCAUAGAAGUUAAUUGUUGAACGGAUUAAGAGUGUUUGAUAAAAUAUUAAAUAUUAGCAUUCUUUUUUUUCCUCUUUUGAAAACACAGGCAGAUAGUUUGUUUCUGGAGUGUACUUAGCGCGGUACUGUGUGUAAGAAUGUUUUUUUUAAUGAAGAACCAAACGGUUCCUAUUUUUCUUUACAUUGAAUUUAUACCAUGGGAUGCUGCAUCUUCCAAUGCCCAUUAUCACAGUUAAAGUUAUACGUCAGAUGUUAGGAAUGCAAUAAUAGUGCAGCAUCCUAACUUUAAACAUAUUGUAUCUAGAAUUUAUUUUGCACAAAUCUCCUAGUGACGUCAAUGCAUAAUUUUGGAUUUCUGAAUACCAAAUGAACUAAUGAUUGUGUUCACCAUGCAGUCAGUUUCUUCAUAAGUAUGUUUAACUUUACCAUGCAGUCAGUUUCUUCAUAAGUAUGUUUAACUUUACCAUGCAGUCAGUUUCUUNUCAUAAGUAUGUUUAACUUUACCAUGCAGUCAGUUUCUUCAUAAGUAUGUUUAACUUUACCAUGCAGUCAGUUUCUUCAUAAGUAUGUUUAACUUGAUUUCUCCUUUCUCUAUUACAUUGUGAUUUUUUUCACUGUAUGCCAGCCUUGCUCUUCUGUCAAUUAACACACAAGCUUUCCUGAGACAUGUAAGUGAAUGUAAGUAUCAGCUAUAGUUAGUGUUGUUUUAGUGGUCUAUUAGAGAGAAGAUGUAAUCAGAGAUUUGAGCUGCAUCCCAAUACAUUCCGUGCCAUUUUAAUGAUGUAGAGUUUUUCAUUUUGAGGUAAAGACAUGAAAAUAAACAGUCGUACCAUUCUGAUUUAUGCUGACCUUGUGCUGUUUGAAAUGGUAUAUUCUGCUUACCGAUAUUGCGAGGGUGUGUGCGCUUUCGGGAAAUACACUUAUACAUUGUUUUUGUGAACUUUUAUUACCAGUUCCUUCUUAUCUCACCCUAACUUGUAAGCUCACUAACAAAUUACAUUAAUCACAACAAGGAAAAUUCAAAAGACUUUGCCAUGAUUGUUUUUUCAGUGUAGGAUUGUUGUUUAGUCUAAUCCAGUUUGAGAAUAUGUACAUGUAUGAACAUACUGUACUCUAAUAUAUGAAUUGUAAUGAUUAAAGUCCAUGUUGAA